AUGGAUUUCUCCAAUCCCAAACGCUCCACUUCCGCAUCUCACAACAAGCCCCCCUCUCGGCCCUCCACCCCUCUACGCCCCAGCUCACGCACAUCCCUCCGCGACAGUCAAACCUUCACCCCCAAGACCGGCUCUUCUGCCUCUCCUCUCGAGUUUCUUGAGCCUGCCUUUGCCGAACUCUCCGACUCAAUGGCCGACCUAGAGGCCAACUUCAUGCAUCUGCAAUUGAUGCACGAGAGCUUGAGCAGAUUCAAUGAGAGCUUUGCAAGUUUCCUGUAUGGGAUGAACAUGAAUGCUUUCUGCGUGGAUUUCCCAGAGGCUCCCAUAUUGGAUUCCUUCAAACGCGCGAAACAGAAUGAAGAGCAUGGCCAAUCUACAGAUCAUGUCUCCCGUCCCGACUUUGCCGAUGAGACUUUUAUGACAACGGAUACAUCCUUUGUUGAAAAUCCGCCUUCCUCUCGAGGCCCCACCAAGUUUGCAACACCGGCACCCAUGGCCCGUCCAAGUUCGGGGCUUAACAAGCGCGGAGGUGCUGAGACUCAGCCAAUAGGAGGAAGAGGAGGAGCAGCGCGUGGUAAUCCAAGGGGCAGCGGUAUCGCAAGAGGGAAGCCAAGGGUUACACGUUGA